CUGACGUUGGACCCCUGUCGCCUUUUGUUGGGCAACGCACCCUUCUCAUCCACCACUUUUCUCUUCGUGUAUGCUGAAGCUCCGGCGGUGAACUUUGUCAUUGUCGGCUGCCACGCGAGGCCAUGGAGGCUCGAUGUGAGGCCAUCAUAACGUUGCCGCGCCACUUCGAACUGUUUGUUGUGUUCCGACAGUGUGCUGCGUGCGGGCUCUGCGAUCUCCGGACGGUGUGUGGAGCCACGUGGGAGGGUUCGGCAGUCAUCGCCCGCAGCCCGCGAAUCUGUGCGUCGAGAUGCUCGUGAUGCCGUUUGGGCUCCUGGUUUGCUGCGUAGCUUCAACGAAACGUUAUCGAUGAUGCCCUCAGUAUAACCGUUGC